UGGAAAUAAACAAGUUUUAUAAGAUUUUUGUUGAUGUGACCCUGUCUUUUUUCCCAGGGAAAGGAUGUUCUCCUAAAUCUUCUUCAUGUUUCCGUGAAUCAGCAGUGCCCCAGAAAGUGUUUCCCUUCUUGAGACUCCAGGGAAGUCUUGGAAUCCAAAGAACUUGAAGAGGGAGCCUGGCCAAACGAGAUUUUUGAGUCUUUGUAGGCUUGCUAAACCAGAUACUUAGCACACAAAUCAAAGUCCGUGUGUUCCUAAAAGCAGCAUUUUCAUACUAGAAUUAAGAAAUAUCAAGAUCUAGAACAUAAAUAUCUUGGACUAUUCAGAAGAACAACAUGGGAGAAACUGAGGAAAGAAUUGAAACUCAUAGAAUAAGAUGUCUUUCCAAGUUGAAGAUGUUUCUGUUGGCAAUAACAUGUGCAUUUGUAUCCAAAACACUAUCCGGAUCUUAUAUGAAUACCAUGCUCACACAAAUAGAAAGACAAUUCAACAUCCCAACAUCUCUAGUUGGAUUUAUCAAUGGAAGUUUUGAGAUUGGAAAUCUUUUGUUGAUUAUAUUCGUGAGUUAUUUUGGACCAAAACUGCAUAGACCAAUAAUGAUUGGUGUUGGAUGUGUGGUUAUGGGCCUAGGGUGUUUCUUACAAUCACUACCUCACUUCCUCAUGGGCCGAUAUGAAUAUGAAUCUACAGUUUCAACUUCCGGCAAUUUGUCCUCAAACAGUUUCUUGUGUAUGGAAAAUGGAACCCAGAUUUUCAAACCAACAAAAGACCCAUCAGAGUGUGUGAAGGAAGUUAAAUCAUUAAUGUGGGUGUAUGUACUAGUUGGAAAUAUUAUACGUGGAAUUGGUGAAACUCCCAUCAUGCCUUUGGGUAUUUCCUACAUAGAAGAUUUUGCCAAAUCUGAAAACUCUCCUUUGUAUAUUGGGUUAAUCGAAACAGGAGCUAUCAUUGGUCCUUUGAUUGGUCUUUCAUUAGCGUCAUUCUGUGCAAAUGUUUAUGUUGACAUUGAAUCGGUGAACACAGACGAUCUGACCAUAACUCCCACUGAUACUCGUUGGGUUGGUGCAUGGUGGAUUGGCUUUUUGAUUUGUGCAGGAGUGAAUGUGCUCACUGCCAUUCCUUUUUUCUUUUUGCCCAAAACGCUUCCAAAGGAAGGACUAGAGGAUAAUGCUGAGGCCAUUAAAAAUGACAAAGAGAAACAAGGAGACGUCAAGAAGGAAAGGGAUGGAAUCACUAAAGAUUUUUUACCCUUCAUGAAAAGUCUUUUAUUCAACCCAAUUUACAUGCUUUUCAUACUGAUAAGUGUGCUGCAGUUCAACGCAUUUGUCAGUAUGAUUUCCUUCAUGCCUAAAUAUAUGGAACAGCACUAUGGAAAAUCAACUUCAGAGGCAAUCUUUCUCAUGGGUAUUUAUAACUUCCCUCCAAUAUGCAUUGGAUAUAUAGUUGGCGGUUUAAUUAUGAAGAAGUUCAAGAUUACUGUCAUACAAGCUGCCCACAUAGGAUGUUGGUUAUCUUUUACUGAGUAUCUUUUCUAUUUUUUGUGUUUUUUCAUGAUCUGUGAUAGUUCUUCAGUUGCUGGCAUCACCACGUCUUAUGAAGGAGUGCAUCAAGAUUUACACGUGGAAAAUUUCCUUGCUGACUGCAACAUGGUUUGUAACUGUCCAACUAAAGUGUGGGACCCUGUGUGUGGAAACAACGGCUUGUCAUACAUGUCAGCUUGUCUUGCUGGUUGUGAGGUAUCCUCUGGCACGGGAAGAAAAAUGGUGUUCCAAAAUUGUAGCUGCAUUCGAACACCAGGAAAUUCAUCUGCAGUUCUUGGGCUAUGUGCCAAAGGAAAGGACUGUUCCAUGAUGCUACAGUACUUUUUAAUCUUGUCCGUGUUCAGUAGUUUCCUAUAUUCUUUAUCUGCCAUACCUGGAUAUAUGGUUCUCCUGAGGUGUGUCAAGCCUGAAGAGAAGUCUCUUGGUGUGGGAUUACAUGCAUUCUGUACACGAAUACUUGCUGGAAUUCCUGCACCUAUAUAUUUUGGAGCUUUGGUGGACUCCACAUGUUUACACUGGGGAACUUUGAAGUGUGGUGAGUCAGGGGCAUGCAGGAUAUAUGAUUCCACCAGCUUCAGAUACAUCUACCUUGGAUUACCAGCAGCACUGAGAGGAUCAAGCUAUAUUCCAGCCUUUUUGAUCCUCUUUAUUUUGAGGAAGUAUCGACUACCUGAGGAAAAUGCCUCUUCAGAAACUAUGCUUGUGGCAAAGCUUACAGGGAAGGAAAAUGAGGGCAAAGAAAUGGAUCAAAAUGCCAAAGUUUUGAAUGACGGUGAAUUGAAAACAAAGCUAUAAUGCUCUUUUAUAUCAUGCUUUCCAAAAUUGGAGAACACAAUACAACUUAAUCAUUUUUAAAAUCAAUAGAGGUACUGCAGAUAACUUUUCCUUAUUUUUUAAGAACCUCAACAUUUUUUUUUUAACUCAAGGGGAAAAAAUAUUCAUGAUAGUAUUUCUGAGGCAACAAUGGCAUUUGAGAUUUUCCUCACAGAGACAUUUAUAAACAAAACAGAACAUUAGAACCAGCUUUAUUUUUAUGUUAAAUUGUUAAAACAACAAUUUCUCUUUUAACUAAUGCAAAAUAUUUCCCACAUAUCUUCCAAAUGAUUUUUUAAAAUUUCCUAUUAUGAAAAUCUACUUAAUAUCCUGCUUUGAUAUCAUGAUUAUUAGGAGACUGAAAUUCCUGUCUUCGUAUGUGAAUAUCUAAGGAUUUUGUUCAAAUUUAAGUGAACAGAGUGAAAGAAGUGAACAAAGUCAAAGACUUUAAGGGAAAGAAGCCUAGAUGUUUUUAUUUUAUUUUGGAAUUAUUCUUAAACUCUUCCUAUUUAUUCCAGACAUGAUUCUUUUAAAAUAGAUUAUUCAAAAUAAAGGACAGAAAUGGUAUGGACCUAACAGAAGCAGAAGGUAUUAAAA